AUGUCGACAUUCAGAUUAUCUGCAGCCCAGGCUUUGGCUUUGCAGAACUACCUUCUUAGCAGAGAAGAAACCUUGCCUCUUGCCCUUCAAGAACUUAUUGCAGUCCUUCCCUCUGGUGCCAUUGAUCAUCAAGCUCAAGUUACUUCUUCAUCUUCUACUUCUCCAAGAGUCAGUCAGGUUCACUCUAAACAGGCUUUAUGUCCUAGUUGUUGUCAAGGAGGUCAAAGGGGCCUUUUAAGGCAGAAUUUCUCUUCAACACAGUCCACUCCUAAGUACAGAGAAGCUAGUGUUGAUGCUAGCUUCCCAUCUUCAGCCUCUUAUUCUUCCCAGUUCCAUCCACCCUCGCUCUCACAUCCACUUUCGCAAUCGCAACCACGUCCACAUUCGCAACCGCGUCCUCUUUCACGCUCACAAUCGCAUUCGCGUUCGCAUUCGAGUUCGCAUUUGAGUUCACGUUCUCGUCAAUGUUCACCCUUGCAUCAUCCUGGUUCACCCUUGCAUCCACGCUCGCAUUUGGAUUUGAGGUCGAGUUCAGAUUUGAGCUUGUGUUCGGACUUGAGCUUGCAUUCUGAUUUGAGCUUGCAUUUGGAUUUGCGCUCGCAUUCGGACUUGAGGUUGCAUUCGGAGUUGAACUUGCCUUCACAUUCGCAUUCCCCUCAACACUCACAUUCGCAUUCCCGUUCGCAUUCCCAUUCACCCUCAUGUUCGCAUUCCGGUUCGAAUUCCGGUUCGCAUUCUGGUUCGCAUUCCGGUUCGCAUUCCCAUUCACGUUCAGAGCCACGUUCAGAGCCACAACCUAAGAGAAAACGCCGCAAAGCUCAGAAAACCAAAGCCAACCCAACAGAAAUAACCAGCGGAGGACCCGAUGAUCCUACCUUUAUUCAUUGCCCUAGAAAAAGUGUACGUGCAAGGAAGAGGCGUCGAAUCGAUCAGUAUUCAUAUGAUGACUCUACUGCUGGUCGUUUUGCUGUUGGGGACCAUGCAGCGCAACCUUCUAGAGAUGUUUCGGUGGACCUUACGAAGCAACUGGCAAGACUUUCGUUUGGCACCAGAACCUCUAUUGGUCAUGAGGAUUAUCUGAGCUGGGUGUCAGAUCUAAAGGGGAUGAUAGAGGGAACAAUAGACAACGUCAAGGACUUGGCUGUUUCUUCGCUAGUCAGUAUAGCCAGGCGAUGUGAUUUAGCUGCCAACGUCGACGGAACAGCAAGAUUUGUCCGUAUGCUGCAUGAGCUUUACUUCUCUGCCAAAGUUAAUAGUCGUUUGAAUUUGAUGAAAUCCGAAGAUAACAGUCGUCGACCGAAGCCUUCUGAAGUAUACAAGUCUCUUCAAACUCAUAGUAUUCCUGAACAUAAAAGUCGAGAUUAUAUGUCAGCUGGUAGUAGAUGGGCAUUCUUGGCUAAUGCAGGGUCACUUUAUCUAUUGCUGGUUAUUGCCUUCAAAGGAGAAGAUGAAUAUUUCAGAAAGAAAGCCUCAGUAACUGUCAUACAAGCUCUGUGCAAUAAAAUUAGAGCGCCUGAUUCAUCAGGAAUUAUGGGAGAAAUUGUCAGGUUUAACCUUAUACCGGUUCUAGCUAACCUUUGCAAAGAUAUUCCCAUUUCAAUACCGACCUUAUAUCAUAGGUCUCUUUUGAAAGAUCUGGGCCUUUCUGGUUCCUUUGAUUGCGGAGAUUUACGGGUAAAUGAUAAUUAUUUUGGAUCUUUCUUUUUUCACACCUUUAGAUCUCUUCCUAGAGAUUGGGAAGCCUGGAAGCAAUUUGAUGUAUCUAUGAAAUUUGAACAACAGACGGGAGCUGCUCAGCAUGCAUCUGCAGUUUCUGAGCUGUCCUCUGAAGAAGAGACAUUCACUCCGCCUUCAACUAUUCCACCUAUCUCAAUUCUUUUUAAUCGUAUGGGCUUCCAGUCUCAAGAUUCAGAAGGAAUACAUCAAGUUCUGUUUACGCCAUACAAACCUGCCAAAACCAGGGAACCUUUUCCUCCUGACUAUCGAGGUAGAAGCAAAUGGACGGAAAACGAAAGAUCUCUAGCUCAAGAUUGUGUUACUCCUGAUUCUUUGGAGAGUUACGCUAACGAGAUGAACGGUCGUUUCGAUAGCUUGGGACGGCUUUCCGACUCUAGGUACCUCAAGCUCAACCGAAACAUUAUUGAAGGCAAAGUUGUACAGAUAUUCGAUGACAACAAAGAUCUACUUUAUACGUUGGACACGACUAUGCCUCAACACCUAAAAGAAGGCUUGGAAAGGAUAAUUCAGGCCUGCUUGUCCGAUACCACUGCACAGUUCACACCUCAAGAUCCUUCUUCAUCUGGAUAUGAGGCCCCUAAGGAUAUUCAUCCUUUAUAUCUUGUCAACGCCAAUGGAGGAAAGAUGAAUCACAGUCAGCUUCUGGUUCAUCCUUCUGAAGACAUUCAGAAAUUUUCUGGGCCUUUCAAAGAUUUGAAACAGAGUCUGGAGGAGACAUUACGUUGGGUUUCAGAAAAGAUUCAUUCCGAUACUUUUCAUGAGAUUUCCGCCACCGUUGAUCUUCUUCCCUUACAAGACACUUCCCCCACUUCUCCUUUUACAAGCAUUGUGUUCAACAUUAAUAUGGAAAGCUCUGAGGCCAGACAAAACGCUGUGCGAAUGGAAGGAAUCUUGAAUAAAAUCCAAGGAUGUGAUAACUCUGUUGGAGCUUGCCCUGCAACUCCUAACACUCCUCCCUCUAUGGAGCUAGAUUACAACGAUACCUAUGACGAUGAGGAUGAUAUAUGUGAGCCCUGGGAAGACAAUGCCGAACCCCACCCACCUACUACUGAGGGUCUCAAAGAUCAAAAUACCGAAAUUCGCUACUUUGACGAAGGGGCCAAUACUAUUUUUCCCGAGGACGCUGUAACCAAUCCUAUGGCACCUCCACCAGAAAAACCAAAACGAGGAAGAAACAAGAAGGCUAGCACUCAAACUAAGGGCCAAAAAAAAAUUAACGAAAUACCGUCAGCCUCUUCUUCCUCUUCCUCUGUUCCAAAUAUGCUGCCUUUGGUUUCUCCAACAUCUGGUUAUCCUCCGCCUGCUCCUUUGUCUAGUCGUCAAGUUCCGCUACCAUCCAAAGUACCUAUUGCAGAAGUUAUUGCUCGAGAACAACACCAUACGAAUCAAAGUCAAGCUCAUACUUCCUUUGUCGUGGGACAAGGAGGUGACUCUUUCGACGUUGACUCACAGUUGAAUGAAAGAGCGACAAGUAUCAAUCACAGUCAGAUCCUUAGACUUCCCGAAGAUAUACGCACUGGAAAUGAUGUAGGAGAUUUUGACUAUAACGGUAACAUGGGACGAGGAUCUACAGCUUCUAGCGGUGGAAGCCAUUACUAUGGCUCACAACCAGGCUCCGUAGUGGGUUUUGGUAGUGGUAACGCAAAUCUUGACGGUUAUGGAGGGGGCCAUGGCAGUGACAAGACCGUGCCUACAGGUCAAUAG